GGCUCGGAGACAGACGGGCAGGCGGCCAGGAGGGCAGCAGGAACGAGCCCCGGAUCCGGCCUCCAGGUGCCCAGUGUCCGCGGGCACGGUGCGGGCAAGACGCGGGACGCAGAACUUCCAGCGCGCUUGGACAUCCCCAUCGAGGGACCGUGGGAUCCGGACAGGUGGAGGAAGGCGGCGGCGAGAAGGGGAGGAGACUCGCGGGGCUUAAAUCUCCCGGGGCGGAGGGCACGGCCGGCCCCGCACCCACAGCCUCCGGCCCAGCGGCAGCAGCGGCGGGACAGGCCCCCGACCCCGCGGACGCCGGACCAGGCCGCUCGCCCUCCGGACCCGGGACCGGCCCCGGCGCCCACCGACGGCUGACAGAGACGCCCCCGGCCUCCCCGCCCCCGGCCCGCCCCCUGCCCAGCCCCGAUCCCGGGGGGCCGGGGGCGACCCCCGGCUAUGUACCCGAGCCUGUCCGCCGGCUCCGGACACGGCCCCCCGACGGGCUCCUACCAGCCGGACAGUCCCGGGGCUUUCCUGCCCGCCGCCCCGGCCCCGACGGCUCCCGGGGCCGCCCCCUCCCCUCCCGUCUUCGUGCCCACGCCGCGGAUGCCCACCUCCGUGCUGGACCUGCCCUACCUGGCCGGGGCCGGGGGGCCGCCCGGGGCCGGGCCCGGGACGCCGCAGGGGAGCCUCCCGGGCUGGGGACAGCCGGGCCCCGACGGGGCGGCCUACACGCCUCCGCCGGCCUCCCCGAGGCUUUCCUUUCCAGCGCCCCCCGGACCCCUGGCAGCAGCCGCCGCCGCCGCCGCCGCCGCCGCCAGGGAGGCCGCCGCCGCCGCCGCCGUCUACGGGGCAGGACCGGCCGGGGCCGUCGGGGCCGUCGGGGCCGGGGCUGCGGGGCUGGGCGGCCGGGAGCCCUACGGCCGGUCCUCUUUCCCCGGGACCUCCUACGGCGGCCCCUACGCCUACAUGGCCGCCGACGUGGGCGCCUCUUGGGGUCCCGCCGCCCCCUUCGACGGAUCGGUCCUGCACAGCCUCCCCGCCAGGGCCGCCCCCAACCCCGCCGCCCGCCACCCCAGCCUCGAAAUGUUCGAAGACUUCUCGGAAGGCCGCGAAUGUGUCAACUGCGGAGCAAUGUCCACCCCGCUGUGGCGGCGGGAUGGCACCGGCCACUACCUGUGCAAUGCUUGCGGCCUCUACCACAAGAUGAAUGGCAUCAACCGGCCCCUCAUCAAACCGCAGCGCCGCCUGUCCGCCUCCCGCCGCGUGGGACUCUCCUGUGCCAACUGCCAGACCACCACGACCACGCUGUGGCGCCGGAACGCCGAGGGGGAGCCCGUGUGCAACGCCUGUGGCCUCUACAUGAAGCUCCACGGGGUGCCCCGGCCUCUGGCCAUGAGGAAAGAGGGAAUCCAGACAAGGAAACGGAAACCCAAGAACGUGAACAAAGCCAAGGCAUCAACAGGCCCACCCAGCAGCGAGACGCUCCCACCCCCUGGCAGCGAGGCUGGAGGGUCCAGCGGCCCCGUGGCCAGGUCUGAGGAGAUGCGUCCAGUCAAGACGGAGCCAGGGGUCUCCCCUCACUACGGACCUGCUGGACCCAUGUCCCAGGCGUUCUCCGUCAGCACGAUGACUGGCCACGGGGCCUCCGUCCACCCGGUGCUCUCAGCCCUGAAACUCUCCCAGCAAGUCUACCCACCCUCCACCAGCCAGCCCUCGCCCGCUGGCAGCAAGCAGGACUCAUGGAGUGGCCUGGCUUUCUCAGAAAGUCACGGGGACAUCACUGCAUAAUAGCCGCACGCCAGCUGCCUUCCUACCCCUCUUCCUGAGGUGCUGGGGCCCCUGGACACCCCACCAAGGCCCCACCUGACUCCAGAGACUCCAGCGAUGUUGACUGAGUUGUCUCCUUGCCAGCCAACAGAGACCUGCCGCCCAUGACGAUGAUUUCUGCUGGAGGCUUGAGCUUUGGCUAAGGGCACCCUUCUCAGCUCCUCUAAUGUCCACCAGAACCAUAACCGUGUCUGCCAUGACCACCACCCCCGACCCGUUAGCCCUCUCCCGACUGCUUUCGCUCUCCUCAACCCCCACGGACGACUCGCCCUUGCCACCCUGGCCUCUUGCCCCUCAAUCUCUGGCUCAGGGUGAGCUGGCCAAAACCUUGCAAGGGGGCUCACCUGCCUGACAGAACCUGCUUCCCUUCUUCCCUUGGGGGAAGAGCGUUCCCUUGGCAACUGCAACUUUGGUCCUCACCCCACCGCCGGCCACCGGGCACACACAGGCGGGCAGACUCAGAGACCACCCUGCUGUCCUGUUCCCCAAAGUCUACCCCCACCCCAGAAGAGAUGGUGUGAUCCACAUCCCUCAGCAAUCAAUCCAAUAUUUAUUGAGCGCUUACAGAGUACAGAGCACUGCCUAAGCGCUUGGAAGAACAGAACAGAAGUUGGUGGGACCACUGGGAGGUGGUCCCAUCUAGCCCUCCCAAUUCCAAGGUGCAGGCAAUGGGAGUCUCCUGAACCCGACCAUGGAGCUGGGGGGGGCAUUCACCCUGCUUUUCUCCAGACCCUCCCCUGGGCUCAAACUCCCAGGGAGGUGAGGGAUGCCCCAGUGGCGGUGGUCCGAGAGAGGAAAGAUUUUUGCGGCGGUCACCCCAGCCCGUCCCCAGUUGCCCCCGGAGCCCUCCCUCUGUCACACAGGCGGCCCACACAGAUGCUCCAGGUCCACCCUGGCUACGGAAACAGCAGGGACCGGUGGAAGUUUCCUUUUCUGAACCACUUGACUCCUCCAAUAAUAAUAAUUAUUAUUAUAAUAGCCUGGAUCUAUCUAUAAAAAUAUGCGUAUAUGUGCGCAUAUAUAUAUAUGCAUAUUAUUUUCACAUUUCAGCUACCUCAUGUUGUCCUUGCUCACUUCUGUGAAGGAGGAAGAGCAGGUAGCUUGACACCAUUUUAGAAAUGAGGAAGCUGAGUUCCAGAAAGUUGCAGGGAUGUUUCCCCGCAGUCACGCAACAGGGCGAGAGCAGAUCUGGGAGUAUCCCCACUCCCUUCUCCAGGCUGUUCCCCCUAAAUCACAGGGCCCUUUUUUGUUUGGUUUGGACUAUGUUAAUUUCCUUUUUUUUUUUUUUUGUUAAAGUACCCAAAAAGCUAUUAAAUGUGCCUGGAAGGGAAGCAGACCCAUUUAAAGGGCGACUGGCGAUGAGAACGUUUUGGAGGAAUGAUGAUGAUGGGGGGAACCGAGCGGCCACCUGGCGGCGCUAUGCUACCGUGGACCAGGGAACUCCUGCCUGUGGAUGGACAUUCUGGGUCAUUGCCCCCCUCCCCUCCUCAAGCCCCCACUUUCCCCCUGCUCUGUGGGAAGGGACUCUUCUGCUCUCCCCUCUGGCGGGGCUCAGAAGGGGGGACGCUCAGCUCCGGGGUCUCCCUUCCUUCCCCCAACCUGGACCCCGCUGUCCUGAAGCCUCUAGCUGAAAACCAAGAGGGACUGAGCAUCAGGCCAUGUGCUGGCCAACCCCUUCGCCUUGAGAACUCCCGGAACAAUAAAAAACCAAGCUCGUUGCAAAAUUU